AUGAUGGCAACUUUAGGAGGAGGCUCCGGCACUUAAUUCGGAGAAUUCAAAAAGGAUCAAGCCUACAUAUACACUUCAGCGGCUGCAGGUAUAGGCAAGGGUGAAAGAUCAGACCCCAACAUGCUGAUGCCAACCUGGACUCCAUCGCCCAAUGAUUAUACCAUAGCAAAGGAUGGCUCUCAAAAUGAGGCUCCCAAGUAUAGAUUUGGCACAGGAGGUAGAACUGAGAAGAAGAUUCCUAGCUAUCCAGGACCUGCUGACAUCACUAUUAAAUAAAAUUUGCUCACUGAUGGUCCAAAAUAUUCAAUGGGUAUAAAGAAAAAUAAUGACAGAAGGGAACACGAUGGUCUCGGACCAGGCGCUUACUUGAUUAAGGCAGCUAACACUGCUCCUCUGUUUUCAAUGGGAUCUAGAUUCGACUCAGAUGUGAGAAGUAAGGAUCAUUUAAAGCCAAAGAAGAAGGAUGGACCUGGCCCUGGAUCUUAUCCACUUCCAGGUGCUAUCAAUGUUCCCAAGGUCCCACCCAAUGCCUAGAAGAAAACUACAUUUGGCUAAGCUGGAAGAGAUUGGAGUGAUCUACCAAAAGGGGUACCAGCUCCAAACAAUUACUAUCCCAAUAAAUUCACUGAGGCUUCUCACUAGUUCAGUUUCCCUAAAUCUAUGAAGACAGACGACACUAAGCUUUACAAAGCUAGUUUCACUCCAGGUCCAGGCGCUUAUGAAGUUCGCAAAGAAGAUAAGCAAGAAGGCACAGCCAAAUCUUUCUUAGGAGGUCCUCUUGAAUAAAAAGUAAACUUUGAUAAUGGAGUACCAGGACCAGGUUCUUAUAACCCUAAGGACUUGCAAAAUCUUCCAGGAUUCAGAAUUGUCCCACAUUAAAAGAACGACCAAGAUGAUCACUCUGGAGAUGAAAAGGGUGAGCACGUUCCUGUUGGGCCAUAAAAGUACAAUCCAAACAUCCCAGCUCAUACUACUACUGGUAUCAAGUUCGGUACUGGAACUAGAGAUGAUUUGAAGCAGAAAUUUUUCACACCAGCUCCUAAUAACUACACACUCAAGGGUGACUUUGAAGGUGCUUUGGAGAAACCCAAGUUUCAUAUGGGUAUCAAGGCUGGGGCCAGAUCUAACAAGAAUCUUGAUAUGCCAGGUCCAGGCGAGUACGAAACUGAUGUCAUUCCACUUCAUCACUAAAAUGUUGCUCAUGUUAUCGGUACUAGUGUUAGAAGUGAUCUAGGAGUUGGAAAGGCUCAUCUUUACCCAGGACCAGGUGAAUAUGAAACAAGACCAAAGAACGAAUCAGCUCAAGUUGGAUUUGGAACUCAGAUGAAGAACACCAAGAUUAAGAAGACCUUUGAGCCAGGCCCAGGUAACUACGAUAUACCUUCUUCAGUAGGUCACAUUCCUAGAUAUCUGUUAAUAAAAUCUGGUGAAAAUCAGACUCAGUCAAAGAUUAAGUCUUAACACUAAGAUUGA